AUGCAACGAAGUCAACAAAAGAACGAUCCCCAUUUCGUCGACGAUGUAGACCACGACAUCCUAUCUCCUUCCGAUCCAUUGCCUGCCAAACGUGCCGGUCGAAAGAGAAUCAAGAUCGAGUACAUAGAGGAUAAGAACCGUCGACAUAUCACCUUCUCCAAGCGCAAAGCCGGUAUCAUGAAAAAGGCCUAUGAACUUUCUACUUUGACAGGCACUCAAGUGUUGCUGUUGAUUGUGUCAGAGACAGGUUUGGUGUAUACAUUCACAACUCCAAAGUUGCAGCCGAUGGUGACUAAACCCGAGGGGAAGACCUUGAUCCAAUCAUGUUUGAAUGCUCCAGAUCCUGAGCCACAAGGGGAUGAUGGUAGUAGAAUGAAUUCUCCAAGACCCACAAACACAAAGCAACCAACAAUGAAAAUGCAGCCACCGACACCAUCUUCUUCUACGUCGAGCUAUGAUGUUGUCAAAUCUGCUGCAAGUGACAUGGCCCCUUAUCUGGCAUCGCCAUCGGGUAUGAUGGAUAAUAGCCGUUACAACCUUUAUCUGCAACAACAACAACCUGCAAGCACUGUUUACAAUCAUCCAACUCCCUAUGGAAUCCAACAACAGCAAGCUCAAGCAUACCCACAGGUCCCUCCAGGCGUACUUGAUAGUACCCCCACACCACCAGAAGGAUAUUGGCCUCCAUCCACUUGA